GGAUGUAUCAUGAAACAAAUUGUUGCCAUCAGACUAAAUAAUGGAUUGAUGGUGGAUUGAACGAGAAACACACAGCGCGCUAUCUAGACCACUUAAUUAAAUGCCCAGAGUAACAAUAUAACGUUGCUCCGGGUUAGUGUUUAUCGUGUUGGGGUUACUAUCAGGCAUGUCUGAAUUUUGAAUGAGGUGCUCUGACUGUCACUCAUCCUGUGACAUCUCGUCGUGUUCCUGCACUCCGUGGCCGCUGAUUGGAUCUUAUGGCUACGGGGAGGGCUUUUUCCCAGCUCGGGCUGUCAGAUUGGCAAAUUGAGGAUCGAGUCGUUGUAGCUGCAGGUAGGGAGGACGGGAUAAAGCGAGAACAUCAAACAAAUCUGAAAAACGAGAAGGCUGCCUUUUAAUUUUUACAUUGUUAUUUUAUAGAAGUGGAAAACAAGGACCCGUUUCCGAAGAGAAAAUCAUCAUUCAAGCAGAGUCAAGAGGAAAACCUCGGAGCACGGGAAAUACCAGUGUGCAAGAGUUAAUGUUUUUUGUGGAAGGGGGUGGGCACGGGUUUUCUCAAGAACUUAAAAAGGACCCCGUCUGCCUGCUAACCGACCCACCAAGAAGCAAGCAUGAAACCUUUGAAAAGGGCCCGGGAAGAGGAGCGCGUCCGGGAGCCCGAGUUCUCGGUGAUGUCGGACAGUGACCCGUGCGAGGAUGAGGUGGGCAGCAGCUUCCCCUUGGACCUGUCGGGCGGCUCGGGCAAGAGGCGUCGCCGUGGAAACCUGCCCAAGAAGGCGGUGCAGGUCCUACGAGACUGGCUGUACGACCAUCGUUUCAACGCCUACCCCUCUGAGCAGGAGAAACUGAGCUUGUCCGGGCAGACCGGCCUCUCUGUGCUGCAGAUCUGUAAUUGGUUUAUCAAUGCGCGGCGCCGUCUGCUUCCGGACAUGCUCAGACGGGACGGCAAGGACCCAAACCAGUUCACCAUCUCGCGGCGGGGGGCCAAGAUCACAGAGCCCAGGAUGGGAGGUGGACCCAGCUCUCCGGAAACAAGCCCGGCCCUCCUAGCUGCACUGCGCCCGUCUGUCAUUCAGCCUGCCCCUUACCUGGACCUCAAUAUUCUAGGGAACACAGCGACGGCCAUCUUGAGCGCGGCAAACUUCUCCACUGCGCCCGCCAUCUUGAGCAGGGCGAACCAGCUGAGCACGGUAACUGUAUUGAGCAAGACGGGCUCCUCUUCCGACUCAGCAGCCAUCUUAGGCAGGGCAGACUCUGUGAGCCCGACCGGAGGACUGUUUAACACGCCACCCCCUACGCCUCCGGAGGUGUGUCUGCAGGACUUCAGCGACUUUCGGUUACUGGUAGAGGUAGCCCUGCAGCGUGCGGCUGAGCUGGAUAACCAACGGCAGAGUGGGCCAGGGAUGGUCAGUGCCAAGAGUGAAGCGAGCAAGGCAGUGACGAGUGAGCAGAGUAAGAUUAUGGACAGUGAUGACAAGGAGACAGUCCAAAGUAUUAACGUGCCAGCUAUCCAAGGAAUUGAACCAGUAAGUGGAUCUCUAGCUGUGGAGAAGAGCGCUGCUAGUGUGCAACACGCCCAGAAUGUCCACUUGGUGAAUGGCGUGAGGGUUGAUGAGAAGAGGCUGAAUGCCCAGGAGACGGUUGUUCGCGGGGUCUAUGAGCCGAGUGUCUGGACUAUUCACACACAGAGGUUUGUUCACUCGGAGAGCAUCCAGAGUGUUCCGGCACAAAGUUCUGUUGCAUGUGCAUGGAGCUCCCAGCACACUCGCACCGUGCGUGAAGCUGUGAACUAGGGCACGGGACCAUCGAGAAACCUGUUGCCAAGCUUGCUGUCUGCUGCUUACACUACUUUUUUAUAUAUUAAAAAACAAACAAAAGGAAGGAACACUGAAUGUCUCAUCAGUAGAAAUGAUAACUGGAGAAAGUCAAUUGCUGGUACUUAAUGUGCAUCACAGAUUGUUUGAAAUGCUGUUGGAAAUGUGGUGUCUUCCAAAAAAAAAAAAAAAAAAACUGUACUCUGGAGUUAAAAGCAGACCAGGCCUCCACAUUUUCUUUUUAAUCGGUGCAGCAGAUACUGUGAACUGUUUAGAGGUGUUAUGUGAGUUUACAAUACAUCAGGGCUUUUUAAAGAACUAAUUUUAGGGACAGGAUUCUUUCGAGUUUCUUGAAACUCUCAUUCCAAAGGUAUUCUGCGAGUUACGUUAUGGGGAUGGAUAUCGUUUAAACAUAUAUGUGUGUUUUUUUUUUUGUGGAAAUAGGAAUACCAAUGAACAGUAGUUUUGAGUCAUUCCAAGUUAAAUUUCUGCAGCCUCAAAGCAAAAUGACAAACUGGGGAGGUGUAAAAUGUAUUAUUUUAGUUCUUUCGCCAAAUAGUUACCACCUCUUAUGUUGGUGUUGUGAAGGUCGGACACGCAGUCAUUCUGAAUUAUCAGAUAUCCAAUGAAAGUUUCUUUUAAAUCUAUCAGUGUAGCAGAUAUUGCCUGCAAUCAUGCGCAUAGCAAAAGCUGGUCUCAGAAUCGGGUAUGCAGGAAAACGCAUGGAUUUGAGUGUUUUCAGGUGUGUAUAAAGUAGGCUGCAGUGUCACUAAAUAAUUAUUUGAAACCCACAGUUAAGAGUAAAAAUUCAAAAAGCUUCAGGUUAUUCCAUAAGUUUACCCUUUCUUGCACCAUGUGCUAAAUGCAUUGACUUGUAUAGUUUGUGUGUGCAUGGAGUGUAACAGCCAUUCACUGGAGCUGCUUUAGCCAGCCUUAUAAUAAUGAAACUGAGACAGUGUUGUGGGAUAUUGCAUGGUGGGUAAGGAGGCUGCAGUUCUAAUCAUGCUUCUGUACGUCCAUUUAUCUUGUGAUUAUCUGUCUUGCUGUCGGAACAGAGAAGUUGAAAAUUAAGUUUAAGGGUUGAGUUGUUUUAUGUGCACCAUGUAUUAAAUUUUGUUUUUUCAUUUUAAGUUCUAUGUUUAGUAGCCAGACACAAACUGUGCACCUGCUGUUAAAUGUGUGUUCAUUUCUACGAUUGAUGCCUACGUGAAAAGGCUACAGGGCCCAUUUCAACUUGACCUCUCCUGUGCAUCUAAAAGAGUGGGCUGUAAUAUCCUGUUUUCAUGUGACCAAAAAAAUACAUGUAAAGGGACACUGCAGUUUGAUUCUUUUGCAUUUUUAUACUUUACUGGUGGUUGUGCCUUUCUGAAUUGGAGGUCACCUUUUUGAACAAGCUGUUGAAUAGUGCAAUAUAGUGAGGAGAUAGACUUCAUGAAAUUCCACUUUUGUAGCCUUAAGUAUGUGAAUUUUUUUCAUACAUGUAACAAAUAAAAUUUAAAUUCUUAAUUUGUAUGUUUCU